AAUAAGGCGGGGCUCUGAGAUUGACAGCCCUCACGGCCAAUCAGAUGGCGAACUCGCGCCGUUUUCGUCCAAUGGCGGAAGCGAAGGGGCGUGUUCGUGUCGAGUCAUGUUGUGGUGUUGUUGCCAGAGGGCGGAGCGGGCUGUGGUGCAGUCAGGCAGGGGAGCGCGGAGUUGGCGGAGGUGGGAGUUACCGGGGAGACCGGUCUUUUGUCUCUUACUCUGUACACUGACUCUACCCAGGGUUUGACACCUUACUGGCUGUUGUCACACACACAGAGCUUGUGAAAGAAUAUACCUGCGUGUGAUUCUUGACCAUUUUGCACACCAUUUUACUUUCCCAUGCAGACGAAUGAGGGAGAAACACUUAAGGAAAGCUGUCCCAAGAGAGAAGGAGCAAGAAAGGGAAGAACAGUUAAUGGAAGACAAGAAAAGGAAGAAAGAGGAUAAGAAGAAGAAAGACGCUGCUCAGAAGGUCACAGAACAAAAAACCAAAGUGCCCGAAGUGACGAAACCAAGUUCAAGCCAAGCGACGGCCGCCAGCCUACCUGGCAGUUCCCCCUCGCCACCAGUAAAUGGUGGCAACAAUGCCAAAAGGGUGGCAGUGCCGAACGGACAACCGCCCAGCACCGCCCGCUACAUGCCUCGGGAGGUGCCACCGCGAUUCCGCUGCCAGCAGGACCACAAAGUGUUACUGAAACGUGGGCAGCCCCCUCCGGCGUCCUGUAUGCUGCUGGGGGGAGGAGCAGGGACUCCCCCCUCCUCCACUGCACCAGGGACUAGCCCAGGCAAUGCACAGCCAGGGACAGGAGCACUGCUGCCGGGGGAGAGCGGACCCGCUACAGAUUCAUCAUCAGGGGCAGCUGCUACUUCAAAUUAUGCAAAUUCCACUUGGGGCUCGGGAGCCCCAUCCAGCAGCGGCCCUAACGCAAACCCUCCCCACGCCUGGGACAAAGUGAUUGUAGACGGGUCGGAUAUGGAAGAGUGGCCUUGCAUAGCCGGCGUGGACGCAGAGCCCCCUUCCGACAACGCCACAGACAACAACAGUGCCUCGAAUCCAGCCUCGGAGAAGGGUCCCCCGCAAGGAAGCGCCACUAAUCACAAAGGAAGGGGGGGUCAAGGUCAACAGCAGCAGCAGCCUGGCAGUGAAUGUAUCCAAGGGGUAUGGAAAGCUGACCCCAAGGCUAAGCCCGUCCCGUCUUCCAACCCUGCUACAGAGGGCGUUAAUAGACAAGGAAACUGGAGGAAUAUGGGUGGGUCUGAAAGAACGGGGCCUUCCUCUGGUUUCAGCAAUUUUAACCCAAAUACCAACCCGUCGGCCUGGCCGGCCCUGGUUCAGGAAGGCAGCAGGAAAGGGAACCCAGAGCCAGAUGGCAGCUUCUCCAGCGCACAGCUUGGCCCCACGGGUCCAACCUCUCGGGAGCAGCAGUCAAAGAUGGAAAAUGCGGGUGCCGGAUUUGCAGCCUCAGGCAGGGAGCCGGCAACAACCCAUCACACUGACGGACCAAAAAAUGGAAACACUAACUCUACGAACUCAAAUUCUUCAAAUCCCCUUGACAACAAGGGAACUGCCUUUGGGGUGGGAGAUGCCUGCCGAGGUACUGACCUCUCUGCUCAAAGCACUGGAGAAAGAAAGAAUGGAGGGGUGGGCACUUGGGGGACGACGAGGGGUCAGUCUGUCACAGGAGAUGCCAAUAGUGGACAUGGCAAUUCUGGAAAUAAUGGACGAGAGAGGGAGGAUGCAAGGAAAGUGUCUUCAUCUCAUAGGCCCAAUGGGUCCAGGGGAGAUUCUUGGGACAGCAAAAGUGGUGGAAAUGGUUCUUGGGGAUAUGGCCCACAGUCAGAUCCCAGUGAAGUGAAGUGGGGUGAAGGGAACAAAUUGGUGGCAGGUGGGGUGUCUCAGGGAGAAUGGAAGCAGCUGUCUGGGCAAGAGGACUUAAAAGUUGGAGAUUGGGGGGGUUCAGGCCAAGGAAAUUCUAGCACUGGAGCAUGGGACAAUCAGAAGGGCCACUCACUAUCCGAGAACCAGGGCAACGUGUCAUCAUCGGCCUGCUGGGGUCGAUCUCCCAGCUCUGCAGGAAGUGAGGCAGGUGGGCAAAGCACUGGAAGUAACCCCAAGGCUGGGGGUAGUGGAGACAGCUUGAACUCCUCUAGCCGGCGUACACACAGAUCUCUCCCAGACAGUCAGGCUGUUUUGCAGACUCUGCUGAAUCGAACAGACUUAGAUCCCAGAGUACUUUCCAACACGGGCUGGGGCCAAACCCAGAUAAAGCAAGAUGCAGCAUGGGAUUCUGAAGAAGUUACAUCUCGACCUGAUGGUAAAGCAGACCGAGGCACUGAAGGCUGGGAAAAUACAUCACAAGCAAAGAGCUCAGGGGGUUGGGGGGAUGCCCCCAGCCAAAGCAAUCAAAAUAAGUCUGGUUGGGGAGAAUCUCCUGCCCCUGUUUCAUCCGGUCAGGAAUGGAAGGACACCAAAACAACUAGCUGGAAUGACUAUAAAAAUAGCCCAUCUGGUUGGGGUGGUGGUGGGGGGAAUGGGGGUGGGGGUGGUGGACGUCAAGAGGAAAAGGCAGGUCCUGGAUGGAACAAUGAUAAUGGUUCAAGUACUGAGCAAGGUUGGGGUACUCGGCAACUUAAUCCUGGAAGUGGAUGGUCAGCUGGAAAGAAUGGAUGGGGGGGAAGCAACAGUGAGGACAUGGAGCCUCCCAAAGGCCCUGUUGGCUGGGAUGGUUCAGGAAACAAAGCUUCCUCUGGUUGGGGAGAAGUAGGGCAGAAUGAUGUUGGCUCCUGGGGCAAUGGGGCUAACACUAACCCUGCUUCUCGAAGUGGUUGGGAAGAGAGUAAAAGGCCACCUGCAGGAGGUAAUUGGGAAGCCCCUCGGCCUCCUGUACCCUGGAACAAGCAGCAGGAAGCUACACCAGCUGCACAGUCUUCUGGCUCUUGGGGCCCUCAGGCUCCACCAUCUGGAAAUGGGCGACAGCCACCCACCCCAGGAUGGAAAGGUGGUCCCACCCCUACAGUGGCGAAGGAUGAAGAGCCAAGUGGCUGGGAAGAGCCAACCCCACAAAACAUUGGUCGUAAAAUGGACAUUGAUGACGGUACAGCAGCCUGGGGGGAUCCGAACAGUUACAAUUACAAGAAUGUGAGCUUGUGGGACAAGAAUGCAGACAGAAACCCUGGACAGUUACCGCGGGAACAGGGAAUGCCAGGGCCAGCAGCCAACAAGGCAGCGCCAUCAGUUUGGAGCAAAAAUAAGGUUCCUCCUACUGAUAAUGGGACAUCAGCCUGGGGCGAGCCGUCCGAAGCUGCUUCCGGUUGGGGAGAAGGAGAGGAGCCAGGACCUCCAACCCAAGGUUGGGGAAAUGCAGCCCCUGUAGCUCCCAGUGCCAUGAAAACUGGUACAAAAACUAUGCAAGACGGCUGGGGAGAGACUGAAGGACCGGUGGCAGGGACGCGUCACAGCAGCUGGGAUGAAGAGGAAGAGGGUGGUGUCUGGAAUAGUGCAGGAUCUCAGGGAAGUGGCUCCUCCCACAACUCGGCAGGGUGGGGCCAAGGAAAGAAACCACAGAUCAAGGGUUCCCUAAAAGGGGGAAACAAUGAUUCCUGGAUAAACCCAUUGUCCAAACAGUUAUCACACAUGGGAUUACUGAGCCAAGUGGAUGACUCUUCUGCUAGUAAGAUGGACCACCCUGUUGGCGUUCUUCCAGAUAAGAAGUUUGAGGCAGACAAGAGGGGUGUGAAUCUCGGGGAUUUCAAUGAUAUGAUGCGGAAGGACCGGUCUGGCUUCCGUCUGCCCAAUUCCAAAGAGAUGGGAGCCGCAGACAGCGGGCCUUAUUUUGAGAAGCUGACUCUGCCUUUCUCCAAUCAAGACGGGUGCCUUGGGGACGAGGCUCCGUGCUCUCCCUUUUCUCCCUCCCCCAGCUACAAGCUAUCUCCCUCCGGCUCCUCGCUCCCAUCCGUGGGCCUGGGGGCUAUUGGUUCGGGCCUCAACCCCCAAACCUUCGCUGCUAGACAAGGUGGCAAUCACGGUCUGUUCGGGAACAGCGGUGCACAAUCGCGAGGCAUGCACAACCCUGUGCCAUCGCUCAACUCAUCUCCCAACCUCCGGGCACAAGUGCCUCCCCAGUUCCUUUCUCCCCAGGUCUCAGCCUCCAUGCUGAAGCAGUUCCCUAACAGCAACAUGAACCCAGGACUGUUCAACAUGGGGCCCCAACUCUCUCCUCAGCAGAUCGCCAUGCUGAGCCAGCUCCCUCAAAUCCAGCAGUUUCAGCUGGCCUGUCAGCUCCUUUUGCAGCAGCAGCAGCAACAACAGCAGCAGCAGCAGCAACUACUGCAGAAUCAGAGAAAGAUCUCGCAGGCUGUCAGGCAGCAGCAAGAGCAACAGCAAUUGGCUCGAAUGGUAAGUGCCCUCCAGCAGCAGCAGCAACAGCAACAGAGGCAGCCAGGUAUGAAGCACUCUCCCUCUCAUCCAGCUGGACCCAAGUCUCAUCUUGAUCCUGUAGGGCUCUCAGACAUGCAGUCCAAAGGGCACAUGCCUGGAUAUGGAUCAGGCUUCAACUCAAGUGGAGUUGAUUAUGGAAAGGAGGCUGGGGUAGAAUCCCGUUUUAAGCAAUGGACGUCCAUGAUGGAUGGUUUGCCUUCCUCAGUGUCCCAAGAAGUCAAUCUAUCUAAGAAUGGCUCCAUUGCACCCCCUGGGAAGAAUCGUGGUGGUUCCCCCUACAACCAGUUUGACAUGAUGCCUGGAGAUUCUGUAGGAUUGCAUGGAGGGCCAACGGGUGACAGCUGGUUACCUGCCAAAUCACCUCCUUCAAACAAAAUGGGAAGCAAGUCAAUUAAUACCAGCUGGCCCCCAGAGUUUCAACCAGGCGUGCCAUGGAAAGGAAUUCAGAAUAUUGACCCAGAAUCCGACCCUUAUGUUACCCCUGGCAGUGUGCUGGGGGGUCCAGCCCCAUCUCCCAUCGUAGAUACUGACCACCAGCUACUGCAGGAUACCCCAACAGGGUCCACUUCUUCCCUCAACACCUCGCUGCCUUCACCUGGUGCCUGGCCCUACAGUGCCUCAGAGAAUAUCCACAGCACUUCAGCACUCUCAGCAAAGUUUGGAGAUUAUAAAUCAACUUGGUCCCCAGACCCCAUUGGACACAACCCCUCACAUCAUUCAAACAAGAUGUGGAAGAAUCAGAUGUCCAGGAAUAGCCCUGGGCUGCCUCGACCCCCUCCAGGGCUCACCAACAACCCCAAAGCCACCAACUCUCCCUGGAACAGCACAGCCCCCCGGUCUGCCAGAGGAUGGGGGGCACAGGACUCCAGGAUUUCAUCUGGAUCUACCUGGAGUGAUGGCAGUUCUGUGCGCCCUAGUUAUUGGCUGAUCCUUCUUAAUCUUACACCACAGAUCGACGGCUCUACACUCCGGACGAUCUGCAUGCAGCAUGGCCCCCUGCUGACAUUCCAUCUCAACCUCACCCAGGGCACAGCUCUCAUCCGAUACAGCACCAAACAGGAGGCAGCCAAGGCCCAGAAUGCCCUGCACAUGUGCGUUUUGGGUAACACGACCAUCCUGGCGGAAUUUGCAACGGAUGAGGAGGUGAGCCGUUACCUUGCACAAGCUCAGCCGCCAACUCCCUCUGCUCCUGGCGCAGGCUGGCAGCCUUUGGAAGUGGGACAAAACCAUCAGGCUGAACCGGUAGGACCAGCCCUUAACCUUUUCGGAGGGACCACAGGGCUGGGACAGUGGAGCAGUGGCGGUGGUGGUAGUGACCUGCCAGGUGUAUCUCUAUGGGGUACUCCAAGCUACACAUCCAGCCUGUGGGGGGUGCCCAGCACAGAGGACGCCCAUCGGAUGGGCAGCCCCGCCCCUUUACUACCCGGUGAUCUAUUGGGAGGAGGGACCGACUCAAUAUGAACUUUUGAACUUUCAACUCUGACCUCGUGACCUUUCAGAGCAGCAGCAGCACUAACUUGACCUUUUUUGUUUGUUUCUUUUUUGUUUUGUUUUUUCAAAACUUGCAAUAAAUACAUUUUUUUUUUUAAACUAAAAAGAGGAAAAAAAACUAAGUUAAAUCAGGCGGGUGUAAGUUAAGACUCCUGAUCGCCAAUGUUACAAGAGCCUGCGGUCACUAUCAAAGUGGUUGUAUUUUUUUUUCCUUCCCUGUCUUUUUUUCCUUUUUUUUCCUUCUUUUUUAUUUUUUACUUUUUUUUUGUGCGCUUGCAGUUUCCUUCCCCUCCCCCCAAUCGGAGAUCAGAAGAAAAGGGGGAGGGAGGAGUUCUGAAAGAAAUGGUCUGGGGGGAGGGAGAUGUUGAAAAUGAAAGAAAAACAAAAAAAAAAAAAAAAAAGGACAAAAACACAUAUCAGUCUUGAAAUACUUGAAUAAUGAAAGCCAAUGUUGAAAGACAAUGUGAAUUCACAAAACCUACCAUUUAAGAGUCAUUUUGUGCUGGGGGGUUCAGAGUGGGGUGUUUUGUUUUUAUUUUACAUGGCAUUUUGGGACUGCUGAAAACAAAUUAUGUUGGUGCAAAAAGUUAUUUUUUUGAAGAUGCAGGGAAGAGGGGUAUUUAAAAAAAAAAAAAAAAAAGAAAUAAAAAAAUGAAAAUUAACCAGUUUGCUGCCAGAGCGGGCUGUGACAUGUUGCACAUUAACGCACUAAAGUUCUCACUGGUAGCAAAGUGCUUUACCCAUUCAUAGAGCUGUUUGUUUUCAGGGUAAGUGAGUGAAAUGCUCCUCUAACAUGCAUUCAAUGAACAUUUCAAGGUAAAAUGUGGCAACAUAAGCACCUAUUUCUUUCCCAGCUUGGGAUUGGGGAGGGGAGGGGAUUUUUAGCAUGGCUGGCAAAGAAAACCAAAUUGUAUCAUGCUCAUCUUGUAUUGCGUACUGUGACAGUCAUGCGUUUUAUUUUGUCUCUUUCUUUCACCCGGUUGCCCAUGUGGGCACACUUUCAAAGAUGUAAUGUAAAUAUCCAAGGUAAAAAAAAAAAAAAAAAAAAAUUGCCUGCCGGAUGGGGGAGGGGGGGGGCAUAGGCUUUCAAUUCAGUGGCGAUAACAUAAAGCAUACUCUCCCCCCAAUGUGUUAGGUUGUUUUCGUGUUGGUUUAUACCCUUUCAUGUUAUGUUCCUGGGAACAAUGCAUAUUACAGUGCAUGACGUCCGUAGGAUCCAUUUGUUAUAUUUUGCUGCCAGAGAGGCCUUCAUUUUCUAGAUAUGUUCUGGUAACAGAAGGGUCAAUGUCUGAACUCUGAUCUCUUAUUGGUGGCACUUAGAAUUUAUAGUUCAUUGUUGCCUCUUGGAUUCUUGGAUGUCUGUCUCAAAAUGCAACUUACAAGAUGGCCGGUGGCACAGCGGACUUCACAAUGGAAAGAACAGCACUUGGCGCUCAUCUAUAGGGUAACUCUGCAUUGGAUUUUCUGAGAUAAACUUAAGUGACGGCAAUGCACAGAAAUUGUUUAUUAUUAUUAUUAUUAUUAUGGGCUUGGUUUACAAGCCGUCUGUAGUUGCUGCAUAUAUUGCACUGCCAGUCUAGAUACCUGUACCUAAACCAUUGCUUCUGUCUCCACCUCCACUGAAUACCAGUAACAACGCUCAUGUGAUUCCCAAAAUAUCCCUUUAACACUGCAACAGGCAAAAGUAAAUGCAAGCUGAAUCUCUCCAGGUAAUCCGCACCGUGGGGGGGGGAGAUUUAUCAAAACCUGUGCAGAGGAAGAGUGGUGCCGUUGCCCAUAGCAACCAAUCAGAUUGCUUCUUUCAUUUUCCACAGGAAAACCUGUGCAGAGGAAGAGUGGUGCCGUUGCCCAUAGCAACCAAUCAGAUUGCUUCUUUCAUUUUC